UCCUCCCUAUUCCAACUUCCAUUCUAUUGUCGUCACUCUAGGCAUCAGCACAUCUCGAUCACCCACUAUGAUCGAAGCAUCAAAGAAUCGCACGGCUGAUUGUGUAUUCUGAAGAGCGCCCUUGUAGCUUCUGCCAGGAGCCGCCCUUGAACGCUAAGCGCAACGUCUUCGCGUUUCCCACUGCGCUUUGUUGACGCGGCAAUCCUUUGCUAACUUUAGGGAGCAACUGUUUGCUAUGGGUCCGGGAGACAGCGGCCUGGCCGCCCCUACCCGCGCAAACGCAUCUGCAUCAGCCAGGUUGACAGAGAAAGAAGCGAAAGAGAUUGAAGAAUACGAGAAGAUUGUGCGAUUUCGCGAUGCCAUUCUCGCGGGAACCCACCCAACCAUCAAGCUCCCUCCCGGCCUCAAGGCCUCGUCCCACUCCAUCAUCAACUAUGCGAGACCGCCAUCAGAGCCUGGCGAAGUAGACACAAGGCCUGGUUCUCUACAGCAAUCUGCUGAGAAAACUCAGAGCCAGAACCCCAGCUUGCUACGGCCUGUAGCUGAUGCUGGCGCCACCGCUGCUGAUUCUCGGCAUCCAAAGCCAUUUGCAACUAGGACGACCGAGAUCAAUCCCAUUCUUCUUGAAAAAUCUGACGAGCUCGUUAGGGCUGAAAUUCAGCUACAGAGGCAAAGAAUAGAGCGGUCUCUGAGAGACGACAUCGAACAGCGUCGAGUCUCAAAGCAAGUGCAAGCAGAACCAGUCAAUGAGUUUGACCUAUCCGAUGUACUCGCAAAGGCUCUGACUCUUGUUCAAGCCACUACUAUACCCUUUGCCGCCAAUGGAGGCUUGAUUGCUAAUCAUGAAGCUGCAAGUGAUUCUUUUGACGAUAACACCUUUUACUCCUCAAAGCAUGACACGCCCGAGUCCAAUCUGACUUCGCGCGUGCGCCGAUCAACUGAUGAUGCCAUGUUGAUAGAUGGCCGCAGGCCAUCUCAGCCAAGCCUUCACGAACCCACAGACUAUGGUAAUAACACGGCAGCUUCUACGAAUAGUUACCAUGCCGCCGCCCCUCCCUCUCAGCCUCCAUCCCAAACCCAUGCUCCGAUGGCGAAUGUUGUCGCGAGUAGACCCGAGAAGGUGCGGGUUCCCGGGCUUCAUAUACUCGCCAACAGUGGAAAUCCUCCAGUUACCCAAGGCCCUGCCCCUACAGAACCGGAUCGGGUAUUGCAAACACGGUCUCGAGGAUCUGAAAACGACGAGUCCCAGUAUAAUCCAAAUCAACCUCUGCUGCCACGUCCCCCCGUUAUUCGGAAUCAUGACUUGAUACCCGUUGCCCCUCAGCCAGCAAAGAUAACACCUUUGACUGUAGUCAAUGUGCAAACCCCCAUCGUCGAUUCGGGCUUGGCUGAAUCUCGUGGUACGUCAGUACAUGAGGCGGCACUCCGAAACGCGCCCUUGCCUGCAGGUGCUAGCUCCGACAGCUCUUCGCAGGGCGCGAGGGAUACAGAGAGGAGAAGAGGAAAGAAGAAGAGAAAGGCCGAUCGGCAAGCGCCAGAGCUCGAGGCCGGGCCACGUAUUAAAGUUGAGCCUCGUUCACAGUCACCACCCUUGACAGCCCCAGCCUACACCAGACCCAGCAAACGCCAGAGACAGUCUCAAGGACAUGCUAAUGAAUCUGGACAAUCUGAGUUGAGAUAUGCCCAGCCUCCACCAAAUGCUUCUUACGAGCAGCCGUUACAGGUGUUUCGAGGUGACCAAGCUCCCGUGGCGUACCAAGAACCCGGCCCCGCGCCAUACCUUGCUCAAUCCGCCUCGAGCUCUAAUAUUCGUGGUGAGCCAGUUGGAGAAUUGAGUCGCAAUGGGAAUUUCUCCGGUAAUGGUCGUUUGUCUGGUGAGAGCUAUGUCCGCCCUCUUCCCUCAGGCGAGAGCUACGUACGUCAGCCUCAGCCUCAACCUCAACCACGGGAUGUGGUAUCAUAUCACCAUCCACCGCCUAGAGAGAUUCACGGCCCUGCCGCAGUGCCGCAAGUCGUUGCAUAUGACUCAUCUCGGGAGCCCAUACGCAUCUAUCGGGAGCCCAUUGAUGGACCCCGCGCGAGCGUACGCCCAGAGGGUGAGUCUUUCAUAAUCCCCCCACGGCCACCAACACGGGUCACGUAUGAUUCGUAUGGGCGGGAGUAUGUCGAGCCUGUGAUACCCUCCGGCCGGCAAUCUGUUACUCCUCUACCCCGACCCGGAGAGCCGGAAGUGAUUUAUGAGCGGCUGCCAUCUCGACUUUCAUCAAGCAACCUCGGGGCUGGGCCCUACAACGAAGGCAGUGUGGUAUAUGCCAGACCACUGUCGGUCUACGAUCCAGCAAGAAGAGUAUAUGUAUCGGAGCCAGAGUAUCCUUACGACCAUAGGGAUGGUCAGUAUCGUGAACAUCAAUUACAGCAACGAGGAUACAUUCAGAUUGUGAGGUCUCAUGAUGGCAGAAUCAUCGAGGAGCGGCCGGCAGAAUACGUCCCACGGCCGACAAGCUACCGAUCAUCGCGGUUCGAGCCUGUUCCACCAUACAUUCGCAUGCAUAGCACACAUCCCGAUGCUGCCGGCAGAGAGUAUAGCGGGAGUAUCCACAUGGAUGGUCGUCAGCCAGAAGGCCCACAGCCCUAUGCCAGAGAGUAUGCUGGUAGCCCCAUGCAGCGAGCUGCAACUGUUCAUCGGGAGUACAGCAUGCGACCCCCUGAACGGUACCAUGAGCCGCACAGAGGAGCUACGAGGGGAUCGGAUGAAAUCGCCUUCAUUGAGCGGCCUCGUGGAGCAUCGCGGGAAAUUGUGUACGUGGAUGACGUCAGGCGAGAGGUUUAUCGUUGAGCAGUGGCUAUGGAGAAGAAGUUGAUCGGAAAGGAGUGGUUACUAUAUUCGACCGCUCUGUUUGCAAUUGUAUAAGUUCUUGUAUGAGUACAUUUCAUAACGGCACAAGGGACCAGGGACACGGAACAUCGGAUUAGGGAUUCGGAAUCAGGCGAUUGGCACAACAGGAAGCCGGUAUACCAUGGACGAGUUGAUAUUUGCUUCAUUUCAGGCAGACGGGAAGUCUACGGCCUAACCGAGGUCGUGAGUACGGGGUAUUUACUCUGGCAUUGUACAAUGAGCUAUUAAGUCAUAUGGAAGUCAAUCUGUCAACCAUACCUACCUAGGAGGUAGAUGUUGCAGUUUUAGAAAAUGUACAAGUGGUUUCACAACUGUGUUCCCCCUAAGAAGUAAGCUAAGAGAGUACGAAUGUGGAUGUAAAAGAUAAAGCAGCCAAUGACUCAGGUUAUAAUCAGGCGAAUGGGC